UGGGGUUUAUGCUAAGUAGGUGAACUGCUCUCUUUUUUAAAGGUAUGUUUACAUUACGAGCUCGUUUUCCAGGUUAAGAAAAGCAGAGGCAUACCAGCUGUCUCUCACUCAACUGUUUUGUCAAGAGAUUCGCCACGGAUUGCAAACUCGAUCUCGAUCUGCGAAGCAGCGGAUCUACAUGUUCCUGUUCAAGACGAAAAUGGGAGUUAAGGUAGCCAUAGUUGUUUUAAUCCUUGCUGUAGCGGUUGUGUAUUUCACGAAGUUUAGACAGAACACGGUAGACCCUGUCAUGCUCAACUCUUCCUACGAUUACAUCAUAUUGGGUGCUGGUUCGGCGGGGUGUGUCCUUGCAAACAGACUUUCGGAAAAUCCAUAUUCAUCGGUACUUAUAAUAGAAGCUGGAGGUUCCGAAGAGGAAAAUUUCGACAUCACUGUUCCAAUUGCCAGCGCAAACAUUCAGCUAUCCAAUGAAGACUGGAAGUUCCGAACCGAACCUCAAAAGAAAGCAUGUUUUGCAAUGCAUGAAAGGAGAUCAGCCUGGCCACGAGGGAGAGUCCUUGGUGGAACGAGUAGUUUGAACAAUAUGUUAUAUGUCCGCGGCAGUCGCCAUGACUACGAUGGUUGGGCAAGAGAGGGGUGUACAGGAUGGAGCUAUAGAGACGUUCUCCCAUAUUUCAUUAAAUCAGAGGAUGUGCAGAUUCCAGAGCUUCAAAACUCAGCCUAUCAUGGAACUGGAGGUUAUUUGUCCGUCAGUGACGGGACUGCCACGCCCCUCAGUAAGAAUGUAUAUGCCCGAUCAAUGGAGGAACUUGGAUACCCUGUUACGGAUUGUAACGGCAAAUCACAAAUAGGUUAUUGUCCAACUCAGGAAACGGUAAAUAAUGGAGAGCGCUGUAGUACUGUUAAAGCUUUUCUAAGACCCGCCAUGGGACGAAAGAACCUUCACGUUUCCAUGAAUUCUCAUGUUACAAAGAUUAUUAUUCAAGAUAGAAAGGCCAAUGGUGUAUCGUUCGUGAGAAACAACAAGAAGCACGUGAUAAUGGCAAACAAAGAAGUGAUUGUGUCCGCGGGGGCGGUCAGUUCACCCCAGAUCCUGAUGCUGUCUGGAAUAGGACCGAAGGAGCAUCUGGAAUCCAAGGGGAUCCCAAUGAUUGCUGAUCUACCUGUUGGAGAAAAUUUACAGGACCAUUUAAUGACGCUUUUAAAUUUCCAUGACAAUACCACAAGUGUAGCUACCUUAACCAAGAUUCUGUCACCAAUAAGCAAACUUCAGUACAUGGCAUUUAAGUCAGGUAUCAUGAGCAAGACUCACUUUGAGGGCACGUCGUUUUUCACGGAUGACGAAAAUCUUCUGCCACAUCUUCAGAUCACCUUUUACAGUUUUAUGCUUCCAAAUGAAAAUGUUAAACUGUAUUUAGAUGUUUUUAAUCUUGAUCAUAAGCUAAAGGAAGGCAAAGAAAAUGAAUAUCAGAGAAAUAAAGACCGAAACAUAGGAACUUUUAUGAUGGUCCCGAUUUUUCUCCAUCCUAAGAGUAGAGGGACCAUACGUCUUCAGAGUGAUGAUCCUUUUGAUCCGCCACUCAUAGAUCCAAACUACCUUGAUCACCCAGACGACAUCAAGACGUUUUUGAAAGGAGUACGAGAUGCUUUAAGGAUAAGUAACACUAAAGCAUUCAAGUCUAUUGGUGCCUCACCACAGGAUCCCUUGGAAUCAUACAUUCCUCAAUGCGAUGAUUUAACUCGAGAUUCAGACGAGUACUGGAUGUGUAGAAUAAGACACUAUACCCAUACUUUGUACCACCCUACCUCCACCUGUCGAAUGGGAGCCAAAGAUGAUCCAACGGCAGUGGUCGAUCCUGAACUGAGAGUAAGAGGGAUCCAAAAUCUACGAGUUGUUGAUGCUUCCGUUAUGCGGAAUGUGCUCUCUGGAAAUACCAAUGCUCCAACAAUAAUGAUCGCAGAAAAGGCAGCAGAUAUGAUCAGAAAUAUAGACAGUGUGAAAUAUAUCAGAGAAAGAAGUGUCAAUUUAUAAGAAAACAAGUUUAGCACGCUAAUUCUAAUUAUAGAUUACUCCGUUUACCUGAUUAAGAUAUAGGGCUCGCGCGGAUGUGACCGGUCAACAGGGAAUCCUUACUACUCCUAGGCACCUGAUCCCACCAGAGGUCCGUGUUUGCCCUACUCUCUCAUUCUAUUUCUUAAAGGAGUUGUGAGAUUGAUCACUGUUCUUUAUCUACACCUUUUCAUAUCGAUAUUGUAUAUGAGUAUGAUGAGAUUUAUCAUAAUCAGUAUAUCUUUAUCGAUUUUAUAUCUAUUACAUAGUAAAGUUUCAGUGUAAUGCAGUUCAUUUUAUUCCCUAUGAUAAAUAUUAGAUUUUAUCUUAAUAAUGUGAUUAUUUAUUUCAAUACUGUAAUUGAUGCUAUAAUAAUAUUAGAUUUUAUUUUAAUAAUGUGAUUCAUUAUUUCAAUACUGUAAUUGAUGCUAUAAUAUAUUUUGUAGGUUAAUUGAUUGAUUGAAUGUAUAUUGUUUAACGUCCCGUCGAGAAUUUUUCACUCAUAUGAAGACGUCACCGUUGCCGAUGAAGGGAUGCAAAAUUUAGGCCUCUGAUCGGCGCUUUAACGGCCUCUGAGCAGGUAGGGAUCUUUAUCGUGCCAGAUCUGCUGUGACAAGGGGUCUCAAUUUCUGCGGUCUUGCGACAAGCAAGGGGUACCGAUGACCUAUUCAAACCCGGACCCCCACAGGACUGUCUUGUAGGGUAUAUAUUAUGCAUUAAUAAUCUUCAAAGAUCACAAAUAUAGAACCCAAUAAAAACCUACAAACUAUGUCAUGUAAACUUAAAUUCGCGACGGUAACAAUAUAGACAACCCACAUAACAUAAGAAACAUUGGAUUGCCUACUCAUCUGAGACAUAAGUCGGGUCGGGAAACGGGGUUCUCUGGUUUGUCUUGGUUUGUAGACGAAAAGUUACUGCAUUAGUUAUGCAAAGUAAAACUGACAAACAACGAGUGCUACUGUAGAUGUUGUUCAAGUACAUGUGUAGAAUUAAGUGGCUUGUGUAUCGAUUACUACACAAACUGAUAUCGUGUUAUAAUUGUUUGGUAGGAACGUAUUUUUUCCAGCUAGUGUAAAAAAUUAAAAGUAGGAUGUAAUGUUAACAUAUACUUUUGCAUUAGUGGGUUGUGAAUGCUGGAAAUCAGUAAACAGUGGAAUAAUCUUCUCUACACUGCGAAGCUACAAAAAAUGUCAUUAAGAAUUGCAUAAUUCACGUUACUGCUGUGGGAAAAGAAGGCAGGUCUUUGCAAAUUUAUGCAUUACUCACGAGGGAACUCACAAGUUUCUGUGUGAUGAACGCCCUCUAUAUUGCGAGCAAGCCAGUGACAUACUAAAUAUUGACCCAACAAUUUAAAAAUAUUUAUCACCUUCCGAAAAAUCAAAGGGGCACUAGGUGAUAAAAUCAUGUUUGCCCAUUAUUACCGAAAAUUGUUAAAACAUCUUAACAUGAUAUGAAAAUCACCACUACUCUAUUUUAAAAUGUAUACAGCCUGCAACCUACAUGUAUUGUUGUAAUUUUGAGCUUCGUUUCAUUAAAACGAAUUCAGGGUCGAAACAUUGUGUGGAAGUAUAUAAUUCAUUGAUCCGAUUACGUGCCGCGUUUUUAUGAUAUUUAUCUCUACUCUAUUUGAUUUUUCUCAUUUUAAAACAUAUUACUGCAUUUCAACUCUUGAAAACCUUAAGAGACUCCGUUUGUCAUGAAGUUGAAUUCUUAGUUUGUCGUUUACAUCUAUGUUCAAUAAAAUAUCCAAAUAUGAAGCAGAUAUGGAAGAUGUGGUGGUGUCUUUUAUUUAGAUUCAAUGGGAAUCUAAUUAUCAAUGAAAGUGAGAAUUGUUAAAUGGAUGAAACAUGAAGAUAACGACGUGAUCACUCUAAUGAAAGGUGAAGAUAACGAACAGUGAUAAAUUGAAUAAAGAGUACAAAAUUAAGCGUACGGCAAAAACGACUCAUGGAAACAUCCAAAGUGCCUAGCAGAUUGCAAGCAUCCCUCGUCAACCGGUCAUACCCGUCGUGCAUGUGGGCCCUAUAUCUUCAAGUAAACCUACAUCUUGAUACAAUAACAAUACAUGAAUUUAACAAACGUUGUCCGAAGACAAUGGGGUUGCCAAGUGGGUUGAAAUCUGUGAAGAGUCAUAGUGUUCAUAACAAAAUCAUUAUGUUUAUUAGUGUGUUCUGGGCACACAUUUUAAAUAUUAGUAAAAAUGUUUGGAUUAACAUCCUGGAUUUUAUUCAAUAUGCAACACCACUAUGUGCUAUAUUAAUUUCAUUAUUAAAU